AAUAUUCGAUUAGUGUUUUAAUUUGUUGUUAAGUUUUGAAAUUUGUGUUAAUUUUUCAUUCUGUAAAGCAUUGUAUUCUAAGAAACAGAUGUCAAAUAGUUUUUAGCACUUUCGUGAGGCGAACGAAUUUGUUUUAAGAAAACUGUGUUACACAAAUCUCGAUUUUAUCAUCCAUAUUGUUGUAUUUUUAUUUUUUCUUACACAAUAUUAUAUUAUUUCAGUAUUUAUAUACUGUUAGUUUAAAUAUAAUAUUAUAAUAAAUAUAUUUGACUAAUAAUAUAAUUAUUUUAUUGUCUUGCUAACAUUAAUUAACAAAUUAACAAGACAAAAAAGAUACAUAUCAAGAUGAUGGGCCAUGGAAUUUCCGACUACACUGCUCCGGCGGGAGAGAAGGGCGGCGCCUGCUACGACGCGCCGGAAGGGGUGGAUGUCAGGGGGAGAUACGACGAAGAGUUUGCCGAGAUUCUUACCAAGGAUGCACUGCAGUUUGUGGCUGAUUUGGAGAGGGAGUUCAGAAGUCAUGUCAAGUAUGCGAUGCAGUGCCGGAAGGAGGCUCAGGCCAGGUUCAACGGCGGGGCUUUGCCCGGGUUUGAUCCGGCGACCAAGUGCGUGAGGGAGAGUGAGUGGAGGUGCGCUCCAGUGCCGCCGGCUGUGGAGGACCGGAGGGUGGAGAUCACCGGACCGGUCGAGCGUAAGAUGAUCAUCAACGCCCUCAACUCUGGAGCCAAGGUUUUCAUGGCUGACUUUGAAGAUUCAUUAUCUCCAACAUGGGAGAACCUGAUGAGAGGGCAAGUUAACCUGAAGGAUGCUGUAGAGGGAACCAUAUGCUUCUAUGACAAGGCCAGGAACAGGGUUUACAAGCUAAACGACCAGACUGCAAAACUCUUUGUGCGCCCGAGAGGCUGGCACCUGCCUGAGGCCCACAUCAUUAUCGACGGCGAACCGGCAAUCGGUUGUCUCGUGGACUUUGGCCUCUACUUUUACCACAACCAUGCAGGAUUCCGGCGAACCCAAGGUGGAGGCUUUGGCCCUUUCUUUUAUCUUCCUAAAAUGGAGCACUCCAGGGAAGCUAGAAUAUGGAAGAGUGUGUUUGAGAGGGCAGAGGAAAGGGUUGGAAUAGGGAGAGGUAGCAUCAGGGCCACAGUUCUGAUAGAGACACUUCCGGCUGCGUUCCAAAUGGAUGAAAUCUUGUAUGAGCUGAGGCAUCACUCUUUGGGUUUAAAUUGUGGAAGAUGGGAUUACAUAUUCAGUUAUGUGAAGACUUUUCAGGCCCACCCUGAUCGGAUACUUCCAGAUAGGGUUCAAGUUAGCAUGACUGAACAUUUCAUGAAAAGUUACUCUCAUCUCCUUAUUCGAACUUGUCAUAAACGAGAUGUGCAUGCCAUGGGAGGCAUGGCAGCUCAAAUUCCAAUCAAAGAUGAUCCGGCAGCUAACGAGGCAGCAAUGGAGGUGGUAAGGACGGACAAGCUGAGAGAGGUGAAGGCAGGGCAUGAUGGAACUUGGGCAGCCCACCCGGGCCUCAUUCCAACCGUCAUGGAAAUCUUCAACAACUACAUGGGCAAUUCGCCCAACCAAAUCGAAGCCGCUAAGCGCCACGAUGCAGCAGCCUUAACCGAAGAGGACCUCCUGCAAAGGCCUAGUGGGGUCCGGACCAUGGAAGGCCUCCGGCUCAACGUCCGGGUGGGGAUCCAAUAUUUGGGGGCGUGGCUGACGGGAAUUGGAUCUCUUCCUCUUUACAACCUCAUGGAGGACGCGGCCACGGCCGAGAUCAGCCGGGUUCAAAGCUGGCAGUGGCUCAAAUAUGGAGUGGAAUUGGAUGGAGAUGGGGUUGGAGAGAGGGUGAGCUUGGAUCUGUUUGGGAGGGUGGUUGAAGAGGAGAUGGCCAGGAUUGAGAAUCAAGUGGGAACAGAAAAGUUCAUCAAAGGAAACUAUAAGGAGGCUUGCAAGGUUUUUACCAGGCAAUGCACAAGCCCAUCUUUGGAUGAUUUCCUCACCUUAGAUGCCUAUAAUUACAUUGUCAUCCAUCACCCAUCCAGGCUCUGAAGUUUUUGAAUACAGCAUCAAAUCAAUGCAUUUCGCCUUCUGUGUUUGCUUUGGGCCUUCAUGCUAGUCCUUCACCUCUGAAGUUUUUACUGUUUUUUUUAAAUAGUAUUUAUUCUGUCUAAUAUUCAAUAAGAGCCACAAUGAUGUUAUUAUAAAUGAGUUUAUUUCAAA